UUACACUUUUUAACCUACCCUAAAAACCUUCACUUAUUACUCGGACAAACACACCCCAAAAAAAACAAAAGAAAAAAGGGAAGAAACUCAACCCAAAGUUCAAAGAAAAAUUGUUUUCUUUUUUUCUCUUUAUAAUUCCAGAUUGAUUUGAAGGAGUAAUGAUUAAAAGCUCUGAAGGGUCUAUUUUGAGGAGGAAAAAUAAUAAGGAGAUAAUGAAUCAAGAAAAGGAUGAUCAGAAUAUUAUUACAAACGAAAAGUGCAAGAAGAUGAAGAAGACUAUUGCAAAAAUAAACAAAGGAGAAAAUAAUAAUUACCCUUUGGUUUGUUAUCAUGAAUUGCCAGAAUAUAUGAAGGAUAAUGAGUUUAUUCUCAAUCAUUACAGAGCUGAUUGGCCUAUUAAACAAGCUCUUCUCAGCAUUUUUCGUUGGCAUAAUGAAACUCUUAAUGUCUGGACGCAUUUACUUGGGUUUAUUCUAUUUGUGGUAUUAACCUUAUCCAAUGUAGUGCAAGUGCCUCAGCUUGCUGAUUUCAUGACUAUGUUUAACUGGAACUUACCCACGAGUAGUGAUGUAAACGUCUCCAAUAAUUCAAAGGAAUAUUUCGGGGGCCCAGCUAGACUAAUUGAUUUGAAGCAGGACCAAAACUUACAAUUGGACAUGAUGUCAACAAAUAGAGUAACAAGUGAAACAACAUGGCCAUUUUAUGUAUUCUUGGCUGGUUCUAUGUUCUGUCUGCUUUCAAGCAGCAUUUGUCACCUCUUCUCAUGCCAUUCCCACAAAUUAAACACCCUUUUGUUGAGAAUGGACUAUGUUGGAAUCACAGUCAUGAUAAUCACCUCAUUCUUCCCACCAAUUUAUUACAUCUUCCAAUGUUCACCACACUGGCAAAUUGUGUACCUAAGUGGGAUUACAAUCAUGGGAAUUUGUACCAUCAUCACCCUCCUUUCCCCCGUGUUUUCGACCGGGAAGUACAGAUCGUUUCGAGCUGUUCUGUUCAUGUCCAUGGGAUUAUUCGGCCUGGUACCUGCUGUCCAUGCGAUAAUACUGAACUGGGAUGUGCCCGAGAGGAACGUCACGCUAGCUUACGAGUUGGCCAUGGCGCUGUCUUAUUUAAUUGGGACUAUGUUUUAUAUUACUCGUAUCCCGGAGAGAUGGAGACCUGGAUUUUUUGACCUAGCUGGUCAUAGUCAUCAAAUAUUUCAUGUAUUUGUGAUCUUAGGUGCAUUGUCACACUAUGGUGCUGCACAAGUUUUCUUGGAGUAUAGGGGUCGAUUGGGAUGUGACAAUCAAUAAAUUACAAUGCACUAUAACUUUAUUUACAAACGAAAAAAAGGAAAGAAAAGAACAGGAUUAUCAUACUUUUUCUUUUUUUUCUUUUGUAUUUUAAAAAUUAUAUAUUGUUGAUGUAAGGUAUUGCUUUGUGUUAUGCAAGGGGUUAACUUUUUUACCCUUUUAGAUAUAGGACAACCAUUCAUUUGUAAUGUAAUGAACUUCUAAUAUACGAUUGCCAUUAUUUUUUA